UAAUUUCUAUGCGCAGUUGCUACUCGUACUUACGACGAAAACCAGAUAAACCUCAAGUUCAAUUUAACAUGUCAAAAAUGCAGGCAACAUCGUCCUCCUUAAUUUUUGUUGUUGCUUUCGCCGUUUCAAUUUUCUCUUCAAUCCAAUCCGGGUCAUGUCAGCAAGCUCAAUUUCUCAUGUUCUGGAACGUUUCGACCUGUACGGGCGCUCCCUUUGCGAGUAUGACGACUUCCACGGAAGACAUCUCCCUCCCUCCGAUAACACCUACCAUUUUCUACCGGGUUAAUGGGCUCUGGAAAAUUCAUUUCUGUCGUAAUGCUACCACCUGCAGUCAAAUUCCGCACAUUCUACACGGCACAAACACCACGUGCUCGCCUCAAUCAUCCAUGUCGGAGUAUGAUACCCUCAUGCAAAUUACCCGUUUCGGGGAUGCCAACCAAGUCGAGGAAAGGAUCACAUUCUUUCCCGGGAAGAGUUUCGACGGGGCUAGUUUCUCCGUUACGCCAAGCACAACGUUCAACGGGACGGGCCGACUCGUCCGGUCCUACUAUUUCACCGGACCGAAUUCCUGGAUGCACAAAUUUACACAAAAUGCAGAAGAACGAGAAGAAUGUCAUAGUCCGGAGGAGGACGUGGUUCAACGUGGCUACGGAUUCACGUACAACGUAUUUGCUGACCGGCAUCUGGGCUGGGUUCAGUACGGGUGCAAUGAGACGACUAACCCAAUUUCGACAAUAAUACCGCAUGUCUCAACAAGAACGUCGACCACUGAAGACCCAACUACAGUCAGGACAAGUACAACAACUCCGACCAAAAAUUCUGAGACGGGUGGAGGAUCACGUGGUUUGCCACGUCGUUGUGAUAUUUUUACCCUGCUUCUCGUAGUUUUUGGCGCGUUUCGUGUAUAAUUAUGUAUAUUGCUGAAUGGUAUGUCUUAAAUUAAUAAUCAUUCAAACCAUUGUAAAUUUGCGGGUUUGAAGUGAAUUAGUGUAGAAUGGGAAUAAAAUUGAUCUGCAAUCAGAUUUAACUGUCA